ACAUCUUCCUUGGUAACAACAAGCUUACUCUUCGUUGUAUUUAUGCCUAACGUUAGCAUAUUUAGCGAAAUGCAUCCAUGGGAAACUUUUUCUGAAUUGCUUAUUUAACUUUAAUGUAGUUUUAUUUUAUCGUAAGUUACGCGUUCGUGGGCCUUGCGUUGUCACGAGGAGAGAUAACAGACAAGUUAACAUUAACUAUCUGUAAGUUAAGUUAACGUUAGCUAGGGUUAGCCAGCUGGAGGUACACUUCGCACUGUCUCUCUGACGAAAUGAAUUCGUGCCAGUGGUGUCGCUCAGUUCAGAUAUUUAUCUUAUUGUGUGGACGUUUGGCUCACGCAGCCACAGAUUCAAACGUCACUGCCUCAACAAAUGGGGCGCCCUUCAGCUCAGCAACCCCUGCUCCAGGAGCUACAGGUGCGGUGGACUCCACCAGUGUCGGUACGGGUGCGGUGGACUCCACCAGUGUCGGCUCAACCGAGACGGCCACUCUGGACUCCGUCACUGCAGCUCCCACUGUAGUCACUGAAGCGCCCUCUGCAACCACUGUCCCACCUGUGGUGACUUCAGAGGGUUGUAUCUGUGAUUUAACCCCUGAUUUCUGUGACAUCGGCUGCUGUUGUGACACAGUUGAUUGUGGUAUUGCUUACUUGAGUACUGUCUUCACCGGAUGUCCAAGGAAAGCCAUAUCAGGAGUUUGCGUUGAGAAAUGGCUGAUGUUCAGGGCUAACGUGGAUUCGUCUCUUGUCACUGUGACUGACUCGUUGUUUUGUGUCCGGCCUGAAGAUAAUGCAGCCCAGUCCCUCACAGCUCUACCUCAGUAUCCAGCUUUGGGGGACUCGUACCACUUCUCACCACCAGCUCCUGCAAGCAGCAGCCACAGCAGAGAUUUCUACAGGGUCGAUGAUGUCAUCCAGACAUAUUUCUCCCGCUCGUCUGUUCGGGGUCUCCUUCGUCAGCCAUCUCCAGGGGCUGCUGCGGCAUUCUGUAACAACCACAACCCUGCAAAGUUCCUGAGGUCUGUGUCUCUAUCUUGUACCCGUAUGUUAACACCUCAGUCAUGCACCACAGACCCAAAUCUCAACGCCCGCUCGUACUUCUCUAACCUGAGUCUGAUCAAGAUUCCAAUAGUGGCGACGGCACCGGUGUCGGCCUUUCUGAUCCCAGUUACUCCACUAGCUGACUGGCCUACACCAAGGGAACAGAAGAACUUCUGUUUUAAUGUGGUGAAAAAGGUGGAGUUUGUCAUAGGGUACACAGGCAGAGGGGAACUCGCGUAUGCAACACUGAACGUAGUCUUAGCUGACAUGGAUCCUUAUCAGCUGCUGUUGCAGGAGCACUCUGUACAGUUCCAGCUGGCAACACCCAGGCCCAGUCCAGUAGGACCGAUACCUGCAGUGGGACUUAGAGUGGGAUCUCCUGUCAUUGGUCGCUUUAAUAGAGAAGUGACGCUUCUGACCUCACUGGGGGUGUCGCAGAAUGGGGAGUGUUCCUUUGACCCCCUCAGACGAGCACCCAUCCUCUUCACACACAACACCAUCACUGGCUGCACAUUCAGUUCCCUAUCUAGUGACUGUUUAGAGCUGCGUUCCCAGAUUUACGGGAUCUUGCAGGGACUUGCUACUCCUGAUGUGAUCGCCAUGAACAUGGGCUCCCAACCGGACUGGACGCGAGUCAUCAUCCAGGAGUGUCCUGUCAGCCUGCAGGAAACAUGUAGGUCAGGCUGCAUCCUCCCCAACUCCCUCUCGAUCAGAGUGCUGUGGGCUCGCCAGGGUCUCUUAGACCUUCCCCAGAGCUACAUCCUGGGCGCCAAAUACCUUUUCCAUUGUCAAAAUGUCAAGUGUCCUCUGUCGUCCCCUAUCGCUCUAACCACAGAAGUGACGUUUGUGGACACUACAGUUUACCCAGAACCCCCCAGGGGCUUGCCUCAGCCUAACUGGAAGUUUCCAUUUGGGUUUUUCACUAGAGGCACUGCUGAGCUGGACGGACAUGUUAUUAACGACGCUGAGAAGGUCACAUGGAGUUUAAUGCUGUUCACAGUAAUGUUACUAACAGGAUUAGAAUUCUUCACAAGGUAGUUGGAUAACAGUGAAACAGUUAGGGAUGUUUUGAGGCCUUCUAAUCAUGAGGAAAUAGUUAUAAAUUAAAUAAAAAGGGUAUUGUGUUAGGGUUUUUUAACCAUUUAAAUAGCAAAACGUGAAAAUGGUACAUACUGUAUCAUCCUUAAAUACCUUAAUUUAUUCUUUUGUACAUUUUCAGGAAUACAAACAUUUUUACAAGACA